AUAUUUCAAGUAGAUGCAAAUGACCUGGUCUAAACGUAUGAACUUGUUCUCUUUGAGUUUUCUUAGUAGACAUCAACUUUUGAUGCCUGAUGGGGUUUCUUGCACGGUUUAUCUCGCGUUUCUUUUCUCGUCGGAGCAAUGACGGUGAUCAAAACAAGACCAGAUGCAACCGCACAGCACAAAGCCAGAACCGGGCCUUUGCGGAAGGCUUCUGCCGUCGGUUUUCACUCAGCGAGAUGAGAGCAGCAACUCGAUGUUUCAGCAACAGCUUACGUAUUGCUUCAGAUGGCUACGGCUCGGUGUACAAAGGUACUAUCGACAGCGACAACGUGGUUGCAAUCAAACGCUUUGUGGGAGAUUCAAAAGAGCAGUUCAGGACGGAGGUGCAGCUACUUUGCCAGCUGCGCCACCCAAACAUUAUCUCCAUCAUCGGAUUCUGCGAAGAAAAAGAAGAGUGCCUCAUCGUUUACAACUACAUGUCCAAUGGUGCCCUCUCUAAGUACCUGGAUAAUCCCCUCGAUAGGGAUCCAGUACUACAACUGUCGUGGAAACAAAGGUUGAAUAUCUGCAUCGGGGUGGCGAGUGCAUUACAACACCUCCACACCGGGGUUAAGCAUUCUAUUGUCCAUCGAUUUGUGAAUAGUUCCAAUAUUCUAUUGGAUGAACAGUUCGUGCCAAAGCUUUCCGACUUUGGGAGGUGCAUGACGGGCCCUCGUACUCUGUCGAAUGGAUUAAUUAGAUGGGACUCCGUGACGGUAGAUGGUACAUACGGUUGUAUUGCUCCAGAGGCUUUAUCUGGCCAACUCACGGAAAAAUCUGAUGUCUACUCAUUUGGAUUGGUGUUAUUGGAAGCCUUGUGUGGAAAAUCUCGGCCGGUAGAUAUUUUGAAUUCACUGAAAACGGGUGAAACUUCUCUUGAUAUGAUCGAUCCAUUUCUGACGAGACAAAUAGCUCCGGACUGUUUGAAGAAAUUUGUGGACAUCAUCCAGAGAUGUGUUCGCCCUAGCGGAGCUGAACGGCACACAAUGGGGGAAGUGGAGGUGGAACUAGAGAACGCACUACAGCUGCAGGAAAGUGCAGACGCCGUCAAACAGCCCUUCUCUAUCAAUUCCUGAAAUCAGUGAUGAUUUCUCCUCUUUGGAUAUGCGUCCACGGACUCCACGCCAUCCAGUAGUUAGCUCCACUGGGUCUGCUGACCUUGAUUCAAAUAGUUAUGAUCUUCCAGUACUUUCUGAUAGCUUUGAAUUCGAAUAUUCUAGCUGGUAAACAAUAAUUUAGAGAAAUGUGAUGCUGUUAAGUAUAGUUUGUCUUGUAUUUUUUUUGUAUUAGCUAGCACUUGUAUUGUCACGAAUCCAAUAUCAGCAUUACUUGAUUUGAUUAAUAAUUUCAAGCUACCAGUCGUUGGGUAAUUGUAUGUUGAGUUUGAGCUUUAAUAUGAAAUUUUCAAGCUCAUCCAAUUCAA